GACGGGCUCUAUCCAUCUACUACACCGAGAAGGAGAGCGAGUACGUCAGUACACCACAGAACAAGGACUCUCGUCAAGGAAGAAGUGAGCAGUCCCUUCAAAUAAUCAAGUGAAACACCAGAGAACGAGCGCGUGCUGAUGUUUUUCCCUCAUUCGCAGUAUAUGUAAGUCACACCGGAGCACGUCACUAUGACAACGUUUGGACUUUCCAUAGUAGCCUUCUUCAUCUCUGUAGGUGCUCAGUAGAGGCAAUAAUAAUCGCGCCGGUCGUGUGAGGACUGUCGGUUGUCAAGCCUAGAAGAAGACCGCAGAAUGGAAAAGAGACUUGGUACGAUGAUCAGCUAGCGUCUUAUACAGCGAUCUUCAAGCUUAGAGGAGAAACCGAAGACAGCGCACCUGGAGCGGCUCGAGCAGAAUGGAUUUCAGCACCAUCCGGAACCUCAUCACCAGAUACUGUACAGGAGAGGAGAGCUGGGUGGACAGCAGGACGGUUUAUAUUGGGCAUAAAGAACCUCCGCCUGGAACAGAAGCCUACAUUCCACAGAGAUUUCCUGACAACAGAAUCGUCUCCUCAAAGUAUACGUUCUGGAAUUUUAUACCGAAGAACCUCUUUGAGCAGUUCAGAAGAAUCGCCAAUUUCUAUUUUCUGAUCAUCUUUCUAGUGCAGCUGAUCAUUGAUACUCCCACCAGUCCUAUGACCAGCGGCCUGCCUCUUUUCUUUGUCAUCACUGUCACAGCCAUUAAACAGGGAUACGAGGACUGGAUCAGACACAAAGCGGACAAUUCUGUAAACCAGUGUCCGGUCCACAUCGUCCAGCAUGGCAAAGUCGUACGCAAACAGAGUCAGAAGCUACGGGUGGGGGAUAUUGUCCAGGUGAAAGAGAAUGAGACGUUUCCUUGUGACCUCAUACUGCUGUCCACCAGUAGAGAAGAUGGGACGUGUUUCGUCACGACAGCCAGCUUAGAUGGAGAGUCCAGCCACAAGACCUAUUAUGCAGUUCAGGACACAAAGGCCUUCAGCACAGCAGAGGAGGUGGACACGCUGCACGCUACCAUAGAAUGCGAACAACCCCAGCCAGACCUGUACAAAUUUGUGGGACGCAUCAAUAUUUAUUUGGAUCGAGACGAGCCCAUCGCGAGACCUCUGGGUUCAGAGAAUUUGCUGCUACGUGGAGCCACAUUGAAGAACACAGAAUACAUACAUGCUGUGGCCAUUUACACGGGCAUGGAAACCAAGAUGGCCCUCAACUACCAGUCCAAGUCUCAGAAACGCUCCGCUGUUGAAAAGUCUAUGAACGCCUAUCUGAUUGUGUACCUCUGCAUUCUGAUCAGUAAAGCUUUGAUCAAUACUGUCCUGAAGUAUGUCUGGCAGGCCAACCCGAACAGAGAUGAGCCCUGGUACAACCAGAGGACUGAGUCUGAGAGGCAACGACAUGUAUUAAUCCGAGCUUUCACAGACUUCCUGGCCUUCAUGGUUCUGUUCAACUACAUCAUUCCUGUGUCUAUGUACGUGACGGUGGAGAUGCAGAAGUUCCUGGGCUCCUACUUUAUCCUGUGGGACGACGACAUGUUUGAUGAGGAGGUUGGAGAACGGCCGCUGGUCAAUACCUCGGACCUCAAUGAGGAGCUUGGACAGGUGGAAUAUGUGUUCACUGAUAAGACAGGCACUUUGACGGAAAAUAACAUGGAGCUGAGGGAGUGUUGUGUGGAUGGGCAUGUCUAUGUGCCACAUGCCAUCUGUAACGGGCAGAUCUUACCUGGAGCUGCGGGAAUGGAUAUGAUUGACUCUUCUCCUGGUGUAGAGGGAAAGGAGCGAGAGGAGCUGUUUUUUCGUGCACUGUGUCUGUGCCACACUGUCCAGGUGAAGGAGGAGGAGACGGUAGACGGCAUUAAGAGAGGAAUCCAUCAGGGCAAAUCCACAUCUUUCUAUAUCUCCUCUUCUCCAGACGAGGUUGCGCUGGUGGAGGGCAUGAAAAGAUUGGGCUUCACCUACCUCCGUCUGAAGGACAGUCACAUGGAGAUCCUUAACAGAGAGGAUGAGAUGGAGAGAUUUGAGCUGCUGGAGGUGUUAAACUUCGAUUCGGUGAGGAGGAGAAUGAGUGUAAUCGUAAGAUCAAACUCAGGCGAGUACUACUUGUUCUGUAAAGGUGCCGAUUCCUCUGUUUUCCCACGGGUGGUUUCUGGGAAGGUGGAGCAGGUCAGAGCGCGAGUCGAGCACAACGCUGUGGAAGGUUUACGGACCCUCUGUGUGGCUUAUAAGAGACUGUCUCAGGAGGAGUAUGAAGAAACUUGUCGUCUGCUCACCAGCGCUAAACUAGCUCUGCAGGAGCGCGACAGGAAACUGGCUGAAGCUUACGAUGUCAUUGAAAAGGAUUUCAUCCUGCUGGGAGCCACGGCUGUGGAAGAUAGGCUGCAGGAUAAAGCUGCCGACACCAUUGAGUCCCUCCACAAGGCUGGCAUAAAAGUUUGGGUUUUGACAGGAGACAAAAUGGAGACGGCGGCAGCCACAUGCUAUGCUAGCAAGUUGUUCCAUCGCAAUACACAGAUCCUGGAACUGACGACCAAGCGGACAGAAGAGCAGAGUCUCCACGAUGUGCUGUUUGACCUGAGCAGGACAGUUCUGAGGCAACACGGCAGCAUGACCAGAGACACUUUCUCAGGGCUCUCCGGUGAUUUCCAGGACUAUGGUCUGAUCAUAGAUGGAGCGACACUGUCAGCUGUGCUGAAGCCGACACAGGAGGCAACCAGCAAUGGUGGAAACUAUAAGGAGAUUUUCCUGGAGAUCUGCAGGAACUGCAGCGCUGUACUCUGCUGUCGCAUGGCACCUUUACAAAAAGCACAGAUUGUUAAGCUGAUAAAAGCAUCAAAAGAGCACCCCAUCACCCUGGCCAUCGGGGACGGAGCCAACGACGUCAGCAUGAUUCUAGAAGCUCACGUGGGCAUAGGGAUCAUGGGUAAAGAGGGGCGUCAGGCAGCUCGUAACAGCGACUAUGCAAUUACCAAGUUCAAACACCUGAAGAAGAUGCUGCUGGUUCAUGGACACUACUAUUACAUCAGAAUCGCUGAGCUGGUCCAGUAUUUCUUCUAUAAGAACGUCUGCUUUAUCUUCCCUCAGUUUCUCUACCAGUUCUUCUGUGGCUUCUCUCAGCAGCCACUGUACGACACAGCAUAUCUGACCCUGUACAAUAUCAGCUUCACGUCUCUGCCCAUCCUGCUGUACAGUCUUAUGGAGCAGCACAUCAACAUGGACAUCCUUAAACGGGACCCCUCUCUCUACAGAGAUAUUGCCAAGAAUUCCCUCCUGACGUGGCCCACCUUCAUCUACUGGACGUUUCUGGGGGUCUUCGAUGCGGUGGUUUUCUUCUUUGGUGCUUUCUUCCUUUUCGACAACACAACCUUUACCAGCAACGGACAGCUAAUGGCCACCAACACACAGAUGAUGUUUGGAAACUGGACUUUUGGCACACUUGUGUUCACUGUCCUGGUGUUCACGGUCACGCUAAAGCUUGCACUGGACACACAUUACUGGACGUGGAUCAACCACUUUGUCAUAUGGGGCUCUCUGCUUUUCUAUGUCAUCUUCUCCCUGCUCUGGGGAGGCAUUAUUUGGCCUUUCCUGAACUAUCAGAGGAUGUACUACGUGUUCAUGCAGAUGUUGUCGAGUGGUCCUGCGUGGCUCAGUAUUAUUCUGCUCAUUAUCGUCAGUUUGCUGCCUGAUGUGCUGAAGAAAGUGCUGUGCAGAGCUCUGUGGCCCACAACUACUGAGAGAAUACAGAAUGCAGAUAAGUUAUAUAAGGGCCACCUGUCGGAGUUCUCCCCGCUGUCCUCCCUCCAUGCUCCACCUGUGCGGAAACACAACAGAAGGGGAAACGAAAACCAGAACCACGCCCACCGCAGGUCUGACUCCUCCCCUACCAAAAAACUCAUGUGUACCUACUGGGGGGGAAAGCCUGACUACUGCACCUUCAGCUCCUUCCUCCGAAUAGGAGAAAACCCACGAUUCUCUGGUGCAGCUUAUGCUUACUCUGCACCGGGGCCCGAGACAUCUGUAUGAUCAACAACUAGCCUAGUUAUCCAAUCAAAAUCGGCCUUGAUUGGAAAAUUGCUCUCCCAAUCUUGACUCUUGACCCUUUAUUUGAAAAACAAAAACACUGAAAUGCGUUUCUAUCCGCUUGUUAUGUUGUUGCGUGUGGAAUUCCAACACAAUCUCAUGGCAAUUCGUAACUUUUUGAUUUAGUGGCUAAUUUGUAUGAAUUCGUAUCGUCUCAUUCGUACAAUUUAGUUUGAUUUGCUUAUCCCCCAAUGACGGUUGGGUUUAGGGGCGGGGUUGGGUGCCACGCCUCCUUUUUAAAAUCAUACUUUUUCUUACUUCUAAGAUAUUUAUACGAAUUAGCCACUAAACUGACAAAACGUAAAAUAGUUACUUUUGCUUCUGAGAUCAGGCUGGGAAUAAUGUUUCCGGGUCCAGGCUUCAGUUCAUUUUAAUUGUGAAAACUCAAAUCUUAUAGUCGUUUGCUUAAAUAUUUUAUAAUGUUAUGGUAAAUAUAGUCGCUGCAUCCCAGAUAUCAAUAUUUAAACGAUAUAUAAAAUAUGAAUCAUUCCACCUGAAAUUAGGCACGGAUAUAAACAUUAUGCUUAUGAUUUUCAAUAGUAUUACAGCACACUGUAAGCAUAUACAGUGGGGGAAAUAAGUACUGAACACGUCACCAUUUUUCUGAGAAAACACCAUUUUUCUAAAGGCGCUGUUGACUUGAAAUUUUCAGCAGAUAUUGGUAACAACCAAAGAAAUCCAUAUAUGCAAAGAAAACAAUAUUAGUUUACGAAUUAAGUUAUUUGUAAUAAAAUGAAAUGACACAGGAAAAAAGUAUUGAACACAUGUAGAAAGGCAGGUGUAGAAGGGCAGUGAAAGCCCAGACAGCAGCUGAAAUCUCGCAGUAGUUAUUCAGCAACUCUCUGCCCUUUAUCAUUGUAAAUUACCAUAAGUUGCUUCAGUCCAGCAUCUACAUUAGCAGAAUAAUCAAGAUGAAACUAGGGUGGACAUUUCAGCAAUAUAAUGAUCCAAACCACAGCCAAGGAAACUCUCAAAUGCUUUCAGAGAAAGAAAAUCAAGCUGUAGAAUGGCCCAGCCAAUCACCUGACUUGAAUCCAAUAUAGAAUCCAAAAUAAAGAUCAGAUUUGACAAACGAGACCCACAGAACUAUCAAGAUUUUUACACUCUGUUGAAGUCUGUGAAAAACUCACACCUGAGCAAUGCAUAUGACUUCAUUCUCCACAUGAGAGGCGUCUUUAAGCUGCCAUCAGCAAAAAAGCCUUUUAUAUAAAGUACUAAAUACGUUUCUGAAGUUCAGUACAUUCUCCUUGUGUCAUUGCAUUGUUAUUACACAAUUUUUUGCAGAUUUUUUUUUUUUGUUAUAUUUUUAUGUUUGUAUUGUUUGGGGUUUUACCAAAAUCUGAUUCAAUUUCAUGUUAACAGUACCUUUAAAAUAUUUUUCCCAGAAAAAAAACAUGACUUGUUGAAUACGUAUUUCCACCACUGUAUUAGUACCGUUUGUUGCAGAUAGAAGGUUUGGAUUCGGAAACACUUGUUAAACACUAACAAGUGGAUAGUGUAUGCACUAUCAGUGAUUCUGUGAUCUGGAGGAAGGCUAAACAGUACUGCGCUAAGUGGCCUUGGGAGCCAUUUAUCUUGUUUUCUUGGUGUGUAUGCUUAAACGUGAGAGCGUGUUCCCUUUACACUGUGGGUUUAUGUGUUCACUCACCUACCCUUGUUGAAAACUUACUUGAAAAACCACCCUGGGCAGUUGUAGCACAAAUCUCAAAACUCAACCCCCUAGCACUGAAUAUGAAUGUGGAUGACAGUUAAAAUGGCUGCUCUGAAAACUGACCGUCCUCUUUUCUUUGUUCUUCUUUUCUUUGUUCUCUGUCGUCUCUCCUUCCCUUUUUUAUCCCGUGCUCCUUCUCUUUUCUUGUCCUACUUUUUUUUUUAUAGAACAAACUGGUGUUGCCUUUGUGCAAACCUAUUAUCAAGGAACACUCCGUAGACUUCGAUUGUCUUUGUCUGAAUGCAUUGUAAGUGGCUACAUUUGGCCAUUUCUGCUGCUAGAGCAAACUAGGAGUGUGUGUUUGUUUGUGUGUGUGUGUGUGUGUGUGUGUAGGCCUUUGUUAGACAACUACAAGAAGACAAAUUGUAACUGGACUGUCAUUAUGUUUCACCCUUUAACUUUCAAACAAAUAUAUUCUACUAUCUGCUAUUCCAAAGUUUUUAAAAAACCAUUGACGUCGUGUCAUCAUGACAACCAGUUACUCUUUUCUAGCUGCUUGACCAUUUGCUUUAAAGUUGGAUCGUUCCCUAUAUAUAGUUUAUGUAGUGUAGAACCAGACACAGGAUGCUAAAGGCUACGCUAGCCACCUUAGCUAAACUGUUCUGCCUUAAUGCUAAUGUUUCCCAUCUUUUACACCGCAGUUUGGAACCAAAGGUUGUAAAAUAGGGAGUGUAUAAAUGUGCGCUAGUUGCCUUAUGCUCAAAGAGAGAAAGUGUUUGACGGCAUUAGAAGAUUCACACCACACUGCCUUAAGUUGACAUUGCACCAGCUGAGGAUGGAGAGAUGUGGAGAAAUGUAGUAUUCGUCAUCUUCCAGUGCCACCAACACAGCCCGGGGCUCCUGAGGAUUAAAAAGUACUGAAUGAAAUGUAACAUAUGUGUUGGUCCAAAAAUUAAUAUCUUUGUCAGCGUAUUUUUAUGAUUGUAACGUCUUAUUUGCCUUUUGUCUGUAUUAAUGUAUCUGUUGGAGCCCUGUGCUGGGUUGCUCUCAUCUCUUAUGAUUAUCUGAUAAAUAAGUCACAUGUCAUUUGCUUGUACUACUGUUCACUAAUCUAGCAUUAACUGUUCAUUAAUCUAGUAGCCCAAUUAAGGUCAGCGUCACAGAUGGCCUGUGCUUGGCUUUACUGUAAGUCCAUAAGAAUGACUCCUUUCUAGUGUGCAGGACAGAGAAAAGGAGCCGUUUUAAAGGAUUUCUAGGAAAUGUGCCUCACAUCUGUGGACUCUCCUAUUUAAUGUAACAUUCUCAUAAACAUUCAAUUCCAUAUUCCUUAAAUACAAUGUGUGAAUAUGAAUUUACAUUGAUUUGAGUUUCAUUUGAAUUGGAAUCUGGUGUGGAUGAGUUGAGUUCACACUUGUAGUUUGAUUCCUUUGAUUCUUUUGGAAAAUAAAACUUAGGUUGGUUUCACACUAGCACUUUUGGUCCGCACCCGUGUUUGUUUCACGUCAGUGUACCUGUAGCUAGUGUGAACGAUAUCUUCUGAACUGGGGUGCACACCCCUGAACCAUACCAGAGUCCGCCUGAAAGAGGUGGUCUGGGAUGUGGUUGGCGUGAACUCUGGUCCGGUUCACCUCUUAUAUGAAUGCAAUCAUACCAAAUAACGGAAGUGAAAUGUACGACAAACUUUAGUUUUCAUAACGUUCAUUCAUGUGUGUAUGUCUGUGUAUUACCUACAUGGGCGAUAAGUGGGACAGACCCACUGUGCAAACAGUGAUAAUGUCUGAUUGUCUCCACCAAAAGCGAAUUUUGUUCGGUAGAUAGACACAAGUGGCUCUCUGAUUUUUGAAUUUGGCAACAAAAGCAAAAGAUUCAGUAAAAGCAGAAUGACCAUGUUAUGCAUAUGUCUCCAUUUUGCCUCUUUGCUUUCGUGGCCGUCACCUAGCAACAGCUGUACAAAAAAAAGCAGCUUGAUGACGCAAGCAUAGCGGGGUUCAGAAGGAAAAAAGACGGUGUGAACACAAACUAGCCGAGAAGGUGGCAAGGGGGGACAAUCGAACUUGGGUUCGUUCCAGGUGAAUUUAACCAAGUGUGAAAGCAAACUAAAGCAAUUCUAGGAAAUAUUCCUGGUGACUCGUUUGUUUUAUGUAACAUUUAACUCCAUAUUCAUUCAAUACUCUGUGAAUUUGAAUUCACAUUGAUUUGAGUUUAAUUUGAAUUGGAAUCUGGUGUGACUACGGUUCAGUUUAUUGUUGCGUCCUAGUUCGCAUACUUAUACUACGUCCUAAAAGAGAGUAUAGACGGUUCUACACUGUAAAUUGUUACCGAAAAUAGUACAAAAUCCGGGAACCUUUGGCGUACUCUUUUUAACAUACUACGGUUUGGGACAAACUAAUUCUAUUUUCAGAUACUAUUUAGGAUGAAUAGUAUGCAAAUUGGGACGCAGAGUAAGUGUGUUUUCACACUUGUUGUUUGAUUGCUUUGGUUCAGACCUAAAAAAGAAAAUGAUUUAUUUGGUCUUGGCUCUCUUAGUGUUCACACUGUCAAUUUUAGGCCUGAAUAUAUUGAGCAGUAUGGUUCAGUACAGUACAGUACUAUUUGCUAUGAAUUUCCCUGAUCAGGCUUGUAUUUCCACUGCCAACAGCAUCUUUACUUAGUAGGUAGGCAGAAAAAAUCUAUCAAUUCUUGCCUGAAGAAGAAAGCUAUAGGGGGCAAUUCACAUAUAGUGUGUUUUGCAAGCUCAAGUUCAUUAUUUCCAAAGUAGAAGUGCCGCAAAUACUCAGAUUAAGUAGCGAAAGUUGCGCUUUUCACACGUUUUAGAUGCAACAUGUGAAUGGUAGAUAACCUGGGCUUUUUGAACAUGCAAGUGACGAUUAUCUGUAAACCAAACAGCAUUCAGCAAUGAGUCUAGCUUCACCUUUUUGAUAACAUAUACUGCUGUGCUAGCGGCCCAUAUGAAAGGGUGCAAAAAAGUGGGCUACAGUUGGCUAUUUUGGUACUUCUGACAGUAGAAACAGGCUGUGUACUGUACCAAAGUGGAAAUGACCCAUAAAGAUAUAAAACAAAUGGCCCUAUAUUAUAUAUUUUUGAACAUAAAAAUUACUGAACAUUUAAAAUGCUUACAAAUACAUGAGUCAAAUCAAGUUCCAAAAAUUCCUCCGUCAAAAACAAAUGAAGAUCUAUGGCAAAGAGACAGCAUUUCUGCGGCCUGUAUUUAACUCUAAUAGACAAUUCUGUUCAUCUUAGGGUCACCUCUUGAGAACUGACAUACUGCUUCUGGCUUGUUUAGAUGUCUUUGGUUCAAAUUGCAUUCAUACAGGAGUCCCAAUGCAUCCCAGAGAUAGCGACCACAUCAAGUGUGAACACAUCCUUAAUUCCAGUCACAUUUGACCUCAAUUGAAAUGAAUAUGGAAGUGAACCCAACUAACAAUCAUCUGCAAUGACUCUUUCCCUGCUUUCCUUCACAUUCCAUACCUGUUUCUUUCUUCUCCCAUUUUUUGUUUCUCCUCACACCGACUCCGGAUUGUAGUGUUGUGUUCCCGGAGCAUCAUCGUCUCGACUCCUUUCCUCGCAUGCGUUUCCUUCACUGUCAUUCAGUUGUCACGAUGAGACCCGUCGCUCAUUUCACCAUUUUAACCAUCAUCCAUGACAGAGAGAGAGAGAGAGCGAGAGAGAGUAGGUGAUGUCAAAGUCCAUCAAGACCAGCGUUUUGAUGGUUACUCCAAGCUUCUCGUGGGUAGGUGCCUUCUGGUGCUUUUUAACCUCAAUGUAUGUUCAUGCGUUCAAUCCAGUGAAGCGUUGAAUUCUGGGAAACACGUGCAUGUGUUUGCAUUGCCCAACAUCUCGGCCUGCAACAAGAGAAUGUCAGAAUUAUGGCUAGUUUGUUGUAAGUAUAAUGGUCAAUAUUUGAGGGGGUUAACGUUGAUGAAAUGUUACAGAUUAAUAAUAAUAAGAAUAAUAACAGAAUGUCCUUUUCAUGCACACAUUAUAUCUGAAUAUAGAUUAUAUAUAUAUAUAGAUGAGUUUAUUGAUGUCAAGGUUUACAAAGGCUGCGAGUGAAUGAAUGAAUGACCUAACGUGACGACUGAUCAACUCUGUUUCCGGUCCAAAAGUGUAUCAUUUGGUUUGUAUGAAUGUAAACUCUGUGCAAAGUCGAACACUGUUUUAUUGAGUACUGAAUUUUGCAUGCCAUGUGACGGACCAACCACUGAGCUUUAUAUUUUCAUUUCUAUGUAUAAACCACAUCUGUGCUCAUUUCCAGUCCAGUCCAAGCGAUGCACAUCUACAAUACCAAGUACUAAACAAUAAUAAUCAAUGCUGGCAAAUCUAAAACACAUAAAGAAUGUGCUUAUUUAUAGACUCUCGACCUAAUAUGAUAUGUUUGUCUUUCUCAUUUCGCAUUAUACUGUAUUGUUCACUGUUACAGUUCUAUCUGGCUUCCUGAAUGUAAAGAAAAUAGCAGAUAACCACAAAUCACAACUACAAGGUGGUUCUAGAACAAAUGUCCCUUCACAAAUGUGUUUUUUGGUUCUCGUUUCUGACUGUCGUUUCAAAUCGGAACUAUUUUUUUGUAAUGUAGUAAUACUUUUGCUCACUGAACGCUGUCUGCCUCAGGGGUGCGUUCAGGCACUGGCGAACACUGUAUUCUGUCUGUCUAAAACAAAAAAGGCUAUAUGAAAUAGGUAUUUUGUAUAUCUUGUGAGGAGAAAAAUGUGUCUUUUUGCUACUUUUGUAUCUAGAGGAUGAAGAAAACUACUUACUGUUACAGAGUCAGAAUGUUACUGUUCCGCUUUCACAACCAAAUGUAAGGCCGUGGGAGAAAUUUGACUUCAGUAAAGAUGGAAGUAAAGAAAAAAAAUAGCUUUAACAGACUGCUUUUUGUGUUUGUUUAUUUCACUGGAGGUGUUUUUUUUUAAGAUGGUUGUUGCUUACAAUGAUGCUGCGUCCCAAUUCGCCUUAAAAGUAUUUUUGAGUGUGUAAAAGCUUUGGGACAUACUACUUCCUCGUUAACAGAUCGUUAUGCUGGGGUGCGUUUCCCAAACAACGACGUAACUCGCGGCUGAAUAAUAAAAACAUGCACUUGUUUUCCAUAUUAACUGAAAUAUAUGUAAAUGGCACGUAUAGCGCCUGUUUGCUUUACUAAUAUUAUUGAGAAGUUGAACAUUACAUAUUCUGUUCUAAAACAUAAAAUCACUUACAAAAUAUAACACAUAUUCUAAUAUCAUAUAUAAAUCAUAUAAAUAGAUAAUGAGGCUAUAAUAACAUUAAAUUUAAUAUUUAUUAUUUAUUAGAAAUGAAAAAAUCAUACUUUAAUAAUAAUAUUAAUAAUAUUAAUGAUGAUCAUGAUGAUUAUUAUUAUUAUUAUUAUUAUUAUUAAGUCGGAUAUUGUUUAUUUAUUUUUUGAAAAGUCUACUUUUACAAUUUGACACAUGUAAACCACAGCAGAAAGUUCUAACCAACAAGCCCAUGUCAUAUACAGUACAGAUACUUAAUAAAUAACCCACUAUAAAUUGAAAGAAUUAACAUAUGCUUUUUGUUUUCACAAGCUUUGAAGACGUAACAUAAAUCCCGCUUUUAAAUAAUAGAUCACCUAUAGCUUUCGCCAUGAGGCUGUGUUCAAAAUGACAUCAAUGUUUCCAAAGUGCACUGCGAAGGGAGCACAAGUGUAAACAUGAAGAUCGCUAAAACUGAACUGUAAAAAUAGUUUGAAAGCAAAUUAAACCUAAGAGAGAUGACUUUAAUGCUUUUUUAUUUUUAAUCACUCCAACUUUAAAUGUUAGAAUGUUCUAAAUGAAUAGGGCAUAGGGGGGAUAAGUGGCAAUAGAACACAUCCAGGAACUAUGUUUUUAACUACAGCUCAAGAGGUAUAGUUGCGAGUGCUUAAGUUUGCGACGCAGUUUGCGAAUGUUCGUUGGAGCGACGGAUUUGGGAAACGGCAAAUCAACAAACUAUGUUUGUAACGACGGAACUUGCGACCUUAGUUGGCUAACGAUGGUUUUGGGAAACGCACCCCUGCUCGGUUAUAAACCCUGUCAAUCAUUCACACAUUAUCCACAUUUCUUUUAUAUUUAAUUUCCUACCUUAUUGCAGAAGCAGCAGCAUGUUAAUCUCCCAUUCACGAGUCUUUCAUGCGGAGAAAUCUCCUCAGGUGUUUGAUAAUUCUGUAUUCAGACGUUAAUGUCCAAACACGGCUUUAUAUAAGUUCAGUAUUGUUUUUGCAGAUUAAAUAUGACACAGAUUUAAAUAUUUCCAGUUGGCUUGAUAUUAAUUAGCAAUCAUACAAACAUAUUUACCAAAGCCUCUCUACUUGACGGUUGGUCUCGCGUGUCCACCAUGUUUGUAGUUUAUUUACACUUUUCACCCGCGUUUGUAAUUCACGUCCAUGUUCUGUGGGAAAUAUCAGCGGUUAGAGUAGGG